AAAAAAUACAAAAAUACAAAAAUAAAAUUAAUUCACAAUAUUAACAAAAAAUAACAGUAUAUCACUGAUACACUGGUUUAUUAUUUUGUUUUCUAAUGCAAUUGCAUUAAUACAUUUGAUGUUUUCUUGACUUUUUAGGGCCACUGUAUAGUAAUAUUCCAAUUUCUGGUUUUAUAUAAGCCAACAUAUAAUAAUAAUAAAAAAAAAAAAAUUCAUUUCAUCAUUCACGCAUAUGCAUCCAACUAUAGCCAUGGCUUUAGAAUAUCAGACAGAUGUAACAAUUGCUACUGAUUUAUCACUUAUUGGAUGAUCAAUAUGGAUUUAAUGUUGUCAUUAACUUUUCCAUGUUUAACUAAUAUUAGAAUCUUAAUCUUAUUGUCUUCUUUGUGUUUAUACACUCUUGCUGUGCCAAUGUGCCACUUUAUUCAUAAUAUAAAUGUCGCAUGCAAUAAACCAGUUUUUGGUAUGUAAACACUAAAAUAUUCUUAAAUGGAAUUUUCAAACUGAGAUUUAACAAUGACAGUAAAUUAAAUAUAAGAAUAGAUAAUAAUUCAAUUAAAAGUAAUAAAAACGCUUGUACUGUAUGUUAAGUUAUUUGGCAUAUACAAUGAAUCAUGAUUGUUAGGAAGUAGAAUGAGAGGGGCCAAAAAUACAAAAUAUAUAUACAAAAAUACACAAUUAUGUAUUAGACUUGUUGUAUCAAUUCUGAAACCCUAUUUUUCAUCAUUGUUUAUGGGAGUGCGGCUUUUCUGGUCACUAUGAAUUCUGUGCCUUUACUCAAAAUAAAAUGAUAUGAACUAUUCUAGUUUCGGUUUAUUCAUAACGCAUUGCUUUUUAUAUGUACUGUAUGAACAGACAAAAAUGACAGCAUAGUACAAAGUUUGUACAUUUAAUAGACACAGAAUGUAUUUGGGAGAUUUCAAGCAUCCAGGAACAAUGCCAUGAAAGAAGAGAAAAGCGGCUCUCAUCACUCCAGACAUAAUGAAAGAGCACUGCUUUGUUAGCACAGAAUUCAGACCAGCAGAAAAGAAACCAAGUACUCCACCUGCUGCCAGGAAACUGUAAAAUGAAAGGAGGUUCUCUGUCAUGUUGUGCAGCCAUGUGUCUGUCUGCCUCCUGAAUAUAAAGUCUGUCACAUAUAUAAGCAAUGUCUUGGUGACCCGGUUCACACUGAGCUUUGAACUUUAAACAGAGUUUAAAGGAUUCACAUCUGGACCUGCAGAUAUGCCGUCUGAUACUCAUUUCUAAAGAAGCGGUAAAGAAGAUGGACGCUGAUGUGGAGGCGAGCAGUGAAAUAGAUGUAAUCCUCCAGCAGAUCGCGGAAUUGGAUAAAUGGAGAGAGAUAUUUAACUCCCGCGGGUCGGAAUUAACACAUGGAUAUCUUAAAGUGGCUGUAUGUCAUUUUUCCCCAUGGCAUGCAGUCAGCCAAUCAGAUGAGAGUAUGUGGGUGUCUGCGUGGCUGCAAUCCUCUCAACAAACUCUGUAUCACAGACUGAAAGAGAGGUGUGUGUUUGUUACCACAUUACCUGGAAGUUAUUUUACCAGGCAUAUUGCUAAUGCCAUGUGUGAAACAUUUUACUGCAAUAACAGAGUGCAUGUAAAGGCCAUCAUGACAGAUUAUCAGGAUCUUCUGCGUACCAUCAAGAGUUUGCAGCACUCCAGACUGAGUUACAUAGAGCUUCUUCAAGAGGAGGUGAAGAGAAACCAAGAUAGACCUAGUGAGAAGAUCAAAUCUGAGGAGGACAGUGACGACUCUUCUAGGCCGGCCACCUCAGCCCAUCACGUCAGCACACAGAACGAGCAGUUCACAGCACCCUACUCCAUUCCUCAAACCCUCACAGUGUCUCCGAGUCUGGGUGGGCAACCGCUGUCACCAGAGCUGGCGGUGAGUCUAAGAAAUAUUUUGUUUGGGAACACCUUCCAUAUAUUCAACUAUGAGUGGAAGAAAUCAUUCUUCAAGUUUCGGGAGCCUUUCUCUGACAUGGCAUAUGCUCUGGAGACUGAGAGGCUGGGAGGAGCCUGUGCUAUUCAGAUGGUGGUUCAGGCUCAUAUUAUUAAAUAUUUGCUCUUCAACCGGUCAGUAAACUCAGAGUUCACAAUGCAAAGUAUGGUGAUGGUAGGGGAGAACGAGCAGAAGAAGGCGCUGGCAGCCGCUCUAUCUGACAUCUUGUGGACAGCUGGUGAGGAGCAGACCGCUACCGUCUGCUUGGUCACGUCAGAGCGCUGUUUCACCCCCUACAUGGACUACAAACUGGACAACUUCACAGAGAGGUUGCAUAUUUUCACCUUCAAAAAGAAAGAUGAUGUUAGAUCAUUUAUAUGGGAGCACAUCCAAUGUUUUAAGGAAGAAGGAAGCCAUGGCAUCAUACUUUUUCUGUACAGCCUUAUCUUCUCCAGAACUAUUGACAGGAUACGGGCAGACUUCGAUUCUACCACCACUCAUCUUUUGCAUUUGAGUUUGGGGAACUUUGUUUGUCGACAGGCUUUAUUAAAUCUGUUGCUGACCGGCCACGCGACUCCUCAAGUCUUCAAUGGUACAUCACUGAACGAUGAGCAACACAAAGCAUUCGCCCAGCCUCUCCACGGGGUUCUGACACGCAGUCAUGUCGGAUAUCUGCUCUGGAACAGAGAACAAGUCAACCAUGCACAGCUCCCCCUGGUGGGCAGUAUGCUGAAAACCCCCAGGCUGCCUAUUUGGGUGUGCAACAUCAAUGGCACCUACAGUGUUUUAUUCAGCCCAAACCGUUCGCUGCUCUCUGACUGGAAAAUGGAGCAUCUUUUCCAGCUUUACUUCUACAAUGGCCAUCCAACUCAGCUCAGCACAACAAUGCUCACCAUAGAUACACACUCCCAUCACUGGGAGGCUGAAAAUAAUGACAUUCAAGGAGACCCAGAAAAAAAGUUUCCAUCUGUAGAGAUGACCAUUAGGACCAAGUGGGAGGGAGCUGUUAUUGACUGGAAUGGGACAGUGCCUUUUUUCUGAAGAGGUUUGAAGCAGGGUCACCUGAUUUGUAGCAUACAUCUCCUGGCCUGCAAUAAGGAGUAUUUUAUAGACUUAUAUAGGUUUUGAUUUGGGCUUAAUUUUGACUUUCAUUUUGGCUUGUGAAUCUUAAUAACAUGAUUACCUUUUACAACCUGCCCACUUGAACAUCUCAGCAUCUGAGCAUUUAACAUAAGUGAAAACCUUUAAUAUGUAAAACAUGUCUUUUGUAAAACAACGUCUAGAAAUAUAUCCAAAUCUGGUAUAUCACAUGUCCCACAUGUUUAACUCUUUUCGGGCCUAUAUGAUUUACCCCAUACUGUUUUUGUCCUUCUAUUUGGAUCCGAUAUGGGUUCAGAUCGCUAGUAUCAAGUCUCAAGUCAUGAUGGAAAAGGCUGAUAUCUCAAGUUACAGAGUUUAAUCAAUUUAAGUCAAGACCUUUAUUCAAAGCCUUGUGGUAUUUGAUUCUUCUGUGGUAUAAAUCAUGUAUGUAGUAUUUUAUUUUUGUAUUUUUUAUUAUUGCUGUAUGACAGCAUUGUUAAAGAAAGGCAAUACUUUACAGAAAGGAUCAAAGUUAACAUUUUUACAGCAUUUAUUAGUUUAGAUUCAUGUUAGUUAACAAAUGUGCUAUUUUUCAUUCUUAAUUGGUUAGUUAAUAAUUAACUGACGUAAUGACUAACUACAGUGAAGUGUUAUAAAUAUUAGUAUAUGUAGAAAUUAAAAUUAACCAAGUUUAAUAAAUUUGUUCAUGGUUAUUUAAUUGUUACUAACUAAUGUUAACAUAGAACUGUGAUGUAAAGUAUUACCUAAAUAAAUAUUAACUAUAAUAAAAAAAUAACUUAUUUUUGAUUGUUUAUAGAUUGAACUCAUGACUGUGACAUUUGGUUUGCUUGUGAGAAUGGGCAAACAAAUAAUGGUAAAUGUUUUUUUAUAGUUCAUAAUUAAAAAUCAGUUAUGUGAGUUAUGGACUAUAGGGUGUUUAAAGGAAGACUGAUUAAGUACUGAAGAUCUGCAAUAUUAAGAGCUUUACAUGUAGCAAUAGUUUAACUGUUCAGGAAUCUAACAGGUGUUCA